UCUGCAGGUAGGAUUGUGAUGUAGUGUAGACAACUGUCCCAUAUCACAAAGUCACUGUGAUACUGACACAGAGAAAAAGUCUGUAAAAUGUGAAGUUUGUGGAAAAGCCUUUAAGUAUAGGUCAGAAAUGAAGAAACACCACAGAACCCACACAGGUGAGAAACCGUACCUUUGUAACAUUUGUGGAAAAAGAUUUUCUGCCUCAUCUGCAUUUAAAAAGCAUAAAUUAAUCCACACGGCUGAAAAACCGUAUGCGUGUAACUAUUGUGGAAAAGGCUUUACUGACUCGACAGCAUUUAAAAAACAUACAGCAAUCCACACAGGUGAGGCGCCGUAUUGUUGCAAAAUAUGUGGUAAAUUCGUCUCAAGUAAUGCGAUUUUGUUGGCCCACAUAAGAACCCACACAGGGGAGAAGCCUUACGUUUGCAAAGCCUGCAGAAAAAGGUUCAGUUCCAUGUCAGCACUGAAAACACACAUGAGAAUCCACACAGGUGAGAAGCCAUACCUUUGUAACAUGUGUGGGAAAAGAUUUUCUGACUCAUCAGCAUUUAAAAGGCAUACCUUAAUCCACACAGGUGAGAAGCCUUAUUCUUGUAAAACAUGUGAGAAAACCUUUAGACACAAAUGUCAUUUGACAGCUCACAUGAGAACUCACACAGGUGAAAAGCCUUUCCCCUGUGAGACCUGUGGGGAAAGAUUUCAAUAUGCAAUAACACUAAAAAAUCACAUGAGAACUCACACAGAUGACAAAUCACAAUGCUGAAAUGUCAGCUUGGGUACAUGGUGACUUUUAUUAAAACACGUUGCAUUUUCACUUGAA